GCUAUGUCCAAGAGGAAGAUUUGAAGGAAGAGGAAGAUAUAAAGGAGGAGGAAGAAGAUGAUGAUGACAGCAACUCAACUGCUCAGCUCCAGGGCAGCAACGACACUGGCACGGAUGAGGAACAUGAAGUGGGUCCUGAGCAGAAAGGGAACUUUAGUUACCAGAAUUCCCCUGUCAGUCAUAUAUCUAACCAGGAUGCCGAAAAUGAAUCGCUACUAAGCGAUGGCAGUGACCAUGUGGCAGACAUUAAAAGCAUUUGCUCUAGAGAGCCACAGGACCCAAAAAGCAGUGCCCAUCCCAAAGCCCAGAAUGAAGCACACAACUGCAUGGAUAAAAUGACAGCGGUCUAUGCCAACAUACUGUCAGACUCUUAUUGGACAGGCUUAGGGCUGGGUUUCAAGUUGUCUAACUCGGAAAAGAGGAGUUGUGACAACAGAAAUGGAGGGAACAAAGCUGAUUUUGAUUGGCACCAAGACGCGCUGUCAAAAAGCUUGCAGCAGAAUUUACCUUCCAGACCUGUCUCAAAACCCAACCUGUUCAGCUCGGUGCAGCUCUACAGGCAGAGCAGCAAAAUGUGCGGGACUGUGUUCACGGGCGCCAGCCGGUUCCGGUGCCGGCAGUGCAGUGCUGCCUAUGACACGUUGGUAGAACUGACGGUUCACAUGAACGAGACAGGUCACUACCAAGACGACAACCAUAAAAAGGACAAGCACAGACCUACCAGCUACUCCAAGCCCCGAAAAAGGGCUUUCCAGGACAUGGACAAGGAAGAUGCACAAAAAGUUCUGAAAUGUAUGUUUUGUGGUGACUCUUUUGAUUCCCUUCAAGAUCUGAGUGUUCAUAUGAUAAAAACAAAACAUUACCAAAAAGUGCCUUUGAAGGAGCCGGUACCAACCAUUUCUUCAAAAAUGGUCACUCCAGCAAAGAAACGUGUGUUUGAUGUUAACAGGCCUUGUUCCCCCGAUUCCACAACAGGGUCUUUCUCAGAUACUUUUUCUCCUCAGAAGAAUGCGAACCUGCAGUUAUCAUCUAACAACCGCUAUGGCUACCAGAAUGGCGCCAGCUAUACCUGGCAGUUUGAGGCCUGCAAAUCCCAGAUUUUGAAGUGUAUGGAAUGUGGAAGUUCCCAUGACACCUUGCAGCAGCUCACGACCCACAUGAUGGUCACUGGCCAUUUCUUGAAAGUCACAAGUUCAGCUUCAAAGAAAGGAAAACAACUUGUUCUGGAUCCUUUAGCUGUGGAAAAAAUGCAAUCACUGUCUGAAGCACCAGGCAGUGACAGUCCGGUUUCAAAAUCAACCAGUAAAUCGUCUGCAGAAUGCAUAGCUCCCAGCUCUGAACUAAAAAAAGAAAGUAAAAAAGAUAAAGCUGAUGAUACAAACAAAGAUGAGAAAGCAGUAAAAACUGAAGAGUAUGAAGAUGCUCUUCAGAAACCACUGGAUCCCACAAUGAAAUACCAGUACCUCAGAGAAGAAGAUUUAGAAGAUGGUUCAAAGGGUGGUGGGGACAUUUUGAAGUCUUUGGAGAACACUGUCACAACAGCCAUCAAUAAAGCUCAAAAUGGAGCACCCAGCUGGAGUGCAUAUCCCAGCAUCCACGCAGCUUAUCAGCUCUCAGAAGGAGCUAAGCCAUCUUUGCCUGUGGGUUCCCAAGUACUGCAAAUCAGGCCAACGAUCUCCAAUAAGUUGAGGCCCAUAGCUCCGAAGUGGAAGGUCAUGCCUCUGGUCCCUCUCUCAGCCAAUGUGGCCCAGUGCACUCAAGUGAAGAAGGAAACCGAUGACAAGGAGGAGGUACAAAAGGACUAUGCUAAAGAGGCCAUCCAAGCUGAGCCUGCCGCACUCAGCCAGAGCGAGAGAGAACCUCUCCUCAAAUCUGAAGCCUCUGUGGAGCCAAAAAAGACAGAACCAUGUCCCUUGAAAGAAGAAGACAAAAUUAAAGAGGACAGCGGAAAAGAAAAACCAGUCCUCAAGGAACCAGCAGCAGCUUCUCUUAGUAAUGGUUGUGCUGCUGCCAACCAUUCAUCUGAACUGCCUUGUGUCAACCCUCUCAGCGCGCUGCAGUCAGUACUGAAUAAUCACUUGGGCAAAGCCACUGAGCCUCUACGGCCUCAAUCCAACUCCAGCCCCAGCUCUAGCACAAUUUCUAUGUUCCACAAAUCUAAUCUAAAUAUGAUGGAGAAGCCAGUUUUAUCUCCUGCUCCAACCCCACCAAAGCCUGCAAGCGUAUCCAGGCACUAUUUGUUUGAAAACAAUGAUCAGCCUAUUGACCUGACCAAAUCCAAAGGCAAGAAAGCUGAGUCAGCUCAAGCACAAUCUUGUACUUCUCCACCUCAAAAACAUGCUCUGUCUGACAUUGCUGACAUGGUCAAAGUUCUUCCCAAAGCUACUACACCAAAACCUGCUGCAUCUUCGAGGAUCUCGUCUAUGAAAUUGGAAAUAGAUGUCCGACGCUUUGAGGAUGUCUCAACAGAAGUCUCCACUCUGCAUAAGAGGAAGGGCAGACAGUCAAACUGGAACCCUCAGCAUCUUCUCAUUUUGCAAGCUCAGUUUGCUUCCAGCCUCUUCCAGACAUCUGAAGGUAAAUAUUUAUUAUCAGAUCUAGGCCCACAAGAGCGCAUGCAAAUUUCAAAAUUUACUGGACUGUCAAUGACCACCAUUAGCCAUUGGUUGGCAAAUGUCAAGUAUCAACUUAGGAAAACCGGAGGAACAAAGUUUUUGAAAAACAUGGACAAAGGACAUCCAGUCUUUUAUUGCAGCGACUGUGCAUCUCAGUUUCGAACCCCAUCUACUUACAUUAGCCACUUAGAAUCUCAUCUAGGUUUCCAAAUGAAAGACAUGAACAGGCUGGCUGUGGAGCAGCAAACCAAGGUAGAGCAAGAAAUCUCCAGAGUUUCAGUUCAAAGAUCUCCUGAAACAAUAGCUGGAGAAGAGGACACAGACUCUAAGUUCAAAUGUAAGUUAUGCUGUCGGACAUUUGCGAGCAAACAUGCAGUAAAACUUCAUCUAAGCAAAACACACAGCAAGUCACCAGAACACCAUUCACAAUUUGUAGCAGAAGUGGAUGAAGAAUAA